AUGGAUCCUGGAUUGCAAGGAGUGCAUGUCGUUGUUACAGGGGCAAGUGGUGGCAUCGGGCUAGAGACAGUGAAAUUGUUUUGUGACAUCCAGCAUUGGGCCGCCGGCGCGAAAGCGACCGCACAUUAUAACUCCAAAUUUGGUCCGAUUCAGGAGCUUCUGGCAUCGAACACCAAUCUUCAACAUGUCCAGGCGAAUCUGUCUCAAGAGGAGGCCGUGGUGGCUAUGUUCGAGUCGUUGGCUGCUAUGCCUCACGGCUCCGUACAAGUGGUGAUCGUCAACCACGCUAUAUUUCCAAUUUCAGAAGUUCCAAUCGCAAGGAUGACGCUGGACCAAUGGAACACCACCAUGACUACGAACUUGACGUCAUUAUUCCUGGUGUGCAGAGAGUAUUUGAAGCACCUUGAAUGUGCACCUUCUACUAUCAAGGAGAAGGCGGCGAUUGUGCUUAUUGGAAGUACCUCUGGGAAGUUUGGCGAACCCAAUCGUGGGGACUACGCUGCGACGAAGAGCGCAAUGAUGUACGGUUUGAACUUUACUCUCAAGAAUGAAAUCGUGAAGAUAGCCCCCAAAGGCAGAGUCAACUGUAUUGCGCCUGGCUGGGUCAAGACACUCAUGGCUGAAGAAGCCUUGAAUGAUUUUCAAAUAGUGUGUCGUGAUUUGGCUACGACUCCGCUUAAGAAGGUGGCCAUGCCGAUCGACGUCGCAACACAGAUUGUGGUCCUUACAUCAUCCACUUUCUCCGGUCAUGUCACUGGUCAAGUCGUGAUGAUUGAAGGUGGAAUGCAGGGAAUAUUGCUAAAUAGACCAGAGGAUUUGCAGGGAUCUUAA